GCGAGCUAGCGAGUGGGCUACCGGCAUCGCAGCAGCGGAGCAGCGAGUUAGCGAGUGGGCUACCGGCAUCGCAGCAAGACCACCUAGCUCGCCCGGGUAGCGUGUCGGGGCUGGGGGCUGAUGGCUGCGGGCGGAGACGUCUUCCUGCGGGCUAAGGACCGGACUUUCUCCGGACUUACGGAGGAUGUGGAGCACGAGUGGAGGGGUCCAUUCUGCUUCAUCCAGGCUGCGGACCCCCAGCUGGGGCUGAUGAAGGCGUGGAAGGUGGGUGACUCCAAUGAAGGAGGGGACGAGUGGUCCGAAGAAGUCCAGCUGACCAAACAGGCCGUGGAGGCGGUCAACCAGCUCAGCCCCCGACCCAGGUUCAUGGUGCUGUGUGGAGACUUGGUCCACGCCAUGCCAGACACCCCGUUCAGGGCGCGUCAGGAGGUGGACUUGAAGGAGGCGCUGCGGGGGACCGAUGCCUCCAUACCGCUGGUGUUUGUCAGUGGGAACCAUGACCUGGGUAACACCCCGACCCCCUGCACCGUGGAGAAGUACUGCGCCACCUGGGGGGACGACUACUUCAGCUUCUGGGUGGGUGGAGUGCUGUGCCUGGUUCUCAACUCCCAGUUGUUUUGUGACUCCUCGGCCUGCCCGCAACUGAAGGAGGCUCAGGAUGUUUGGCUGGAGGAGCAGCUACAGAGAGCCUCCUCCCCUUCCCUCACGGACCCCAAACCCAAACACAUCCUGGUGUUCCAGCAUGUUCCGCUGUACCUGAAGACCCCCGAUGAGGAGGACAAUUACUUCAACAUGCAGAUGCAAGUCAGACACAGCCUGAUGGACAGGUUCAAGAAGGCAGGUGUGAGGGCGGUCUUCUCCGGCCACUACCACAGGAACGCGGGCGGUCUCCAUGAAGGACUGGACAUGGUGGUGAGCUCGGCUAUUGGCUGCCAGCUGGGCGAGGACGCCCAUGGCGUCCGGGUGGUGGUGGUGACCGCCAAUGAUGUCGUCCACCGCUACUACAGCCUGGACCAGCUGAGUGGGCGGGGCAUGGAUGAAGACCUCAGGAAGCUGCUGGAGUCCUAA